GAUUAGCUAAAAAUAUUGGCCACAUUUCUUACACGCAUUUCGAUUGGUUCUAAAUAAGGUCAAAUUGAAAGUAAAGAUGUCUGCGCCCAUGGUACAGGCAAGAACUUCGGUUCUGCUGUUAGUUUUAAUCGGAUUAUGCUGUGUGGGGGCAGAUGAUGAGUUUGAAGGUGGAUCAAGAACAUUAAUCCUUGAACAUAGUUUUGAUUUGGGUUUAAAUCCUACAUUUUCCAAGAAAGGAACUGUAAUUUUGAAAUCAGUGAAGGGAAACAAAGCCUUUUUCUCUCAGAAUGCUCCAUUAACUGGUAGUGAACUAGACAAGCUGAAGAAAUUAGCCAGGAACAAUGACAUUUACAGAGUGAGGCUGCAGACAGGAUCAGGGUCAUCUGGUGAAGAGUAUGUCACUUCCUACGCACCAGCGUGUGGAAUCUUGGCCUCCAAUUUGUCUGAUCACAUCUGGAUUCACUUUGACCAAUCCGGUGAGGUGAUGGGUAUCUCUGUGGAAACGCCCUUGACGCUGUGUAGUGGUGUUGACAGCUUCUCACUACAGGAGUGGAACACCAGUGUAGAGGUGUCUCACACACUGCUGGGGCCCACGCCUGAUACGCAAAGUUACAUAGAAAAAUUAAAGCGAGAAGAACAAGAGAGAGCCAAAGGUCAACACGAAGACAAAAGGUCAUUUUUAGCCAAAUAUUGGAUGUACAUUGUCCCGAUCGUCCUGGUGAUGAUGUUGUCAGGAGGUGGAGAACAAGGUCAGGGUGGGGGCGGCGGAGGAGGAGGGGGAGGAAGUUAGUGAUCAUGUGACACAUACAUCACGUGACGGUUAACCUUUUAACACCAAUGUGAAAAUUACCAACAUGUUACUGGAAUUUUGUUUGCAGUAUUAGGGAACUGAAAUAUGGCAAUUGUUAAUUGAGGUCGAGUUAAAUUAUGACCAGUAGGUGAUCGUUUUUACAUUAGAGUUGUACUCUCUUUAUAAGGGAAAAGAAAAUCUAUCCAUUUGUUUCUUAAUGAUAUUCAAUGCCCCUUUAUGAUAAAUAUGAAAUUUAAAAAAAAUGUACAUCUCAUGAUGGCUAUGAACUUUCAUAAUGGCUGUAAACAAAAGCUUUAUUUGAUAAACAAAUUAAACACUGAUUAUAAUCAAGAAUUAGAUAAAUAUUGCAUGUAAAGAACAAUACAAUGUAUAAUAUUUGUAACAUUAAACAGUAUGUGCGUGUGUGUAUGAUGUACUUGUACAUGUGGAGUAGGUGGCUUUGGUGAUAUCACACAAACUGAAUGUAAAUGAGAAUAAUAGAUUUUGUGUUUAAAAGUGUUUUUUUCUGAAAUGGAAUCGAAAUACUGACCACUGUGUCAUCAAAUACAUGUAGUGCAUUCUUUAAAAGAAAAACUGUUCAGUAUUCCGAUUUCAUUUCAUUUUGUUAUAAUGUGUAUAACAUGUUGUAUUACAACAUUUAUUCACUUACGUAUCCCUUUCCUGCAAAGUAUUCAGAAAUUUUUCACAAGAUAAAAAUUUAAAGUUUUUCGAAAUUCAUACGACCAUUUUUAAUUUUUUUUUACCAGGAAAAUAUUGUAUCAUUUUGUAAUGGUGUUGUAAAGGAAUAAACGUGUCUUUAUUU